AUGGGUGUUCAAGACGUUCUAACCAGAAAGACCGGUGUCAUUGUCGGCGACGAUGUUCGCGCUUUGUUCGACUACGCUACCGAACACAAGUUCGCUAUCCCAGCCAUCAACGUCACCACCUCCUCCACCGUCGUGGCCGCUCUAGAGUCCGCCAGAGACAACAAAUCCCCAAUCAUCCUACAAACCUCCAACGGUGGUGCCGCCUACUUCGCCGGUAAGGGUGUCUCCAACGACGGCCAAAACGCCGCCAUCCAAGGUGCCAUCGCCGCCGCUCACUACAUCAGAGCCAUUGCCCCAGCCUACAACAUCCCAGUCGUCCUCCACUCCGACCACUGUGCCAAGAAGCUACUCCCAUGGUUCGACGGUAUGCUCGAAGCCGACGAAGCCUACUUCAAGCAACACGGUGAACCUCUCUUCUCCUCCCACAUGCUCGACUUGUCCGAGGAGUCUGACGACGAGAACAUCGCCACCUGUGUCAAGUACUUCACCAGAAUGACCAAGAUGAACCAAUGGUUGGAAAUGGAAAUCGGUAUCACCGGUGGUGAAGAAGACGGUGUCAACAACGAGCACGUCUCUCGUGAAGACUUGUACACCAAGCCAGAAACCGUCUUCGCUGUCCACAAGGCCCUAGCCCCUAUCUCUCCAAACUUCUCCAUCGCCGCCGCCUUCGGCAAUGUGCACGGUGUCUACCAAGCCGGUAACGUCAUCUUGAGACCAGAGAUCUUGGGUGACUUCCAAAAGUACGCUGCCCAACAAGUCAAGGCCCCAGCUGGCUCCAAGCCAUUGUACUUGGUCUUCCACGGUGGUUCCGGUUCUUCUCAAGAAGAGUUCAACACCGCCAUUGAGCAAGGUGCUGUCAAGGUCAACGUCGACACUGACUGUCAAUUCGCCUACUUGGAAGGUAUCAGAGACUUUGUCUUGAAGAACAAGGACUACCUCAUGAGUCAAGUGGGUAACCCUGAUGGCCAAGAUUUGCCCAACAAGAAGAAGUACGACCCAAGAGUGUGGGUGAGAGAGGGUGAGAAGACCAUGUCCAAGAGAGUCACUGAAGCCUUGGAAAUCUUCCACACUACCAACAAAUUGUAA